UAUUUCGACAGGCUCUGUCCACUUCACUCGGCGAGGAGUUGGCUCAGAUGAGAGCGUUUUCUGUCUCGGCCGGAGCUCCGACUCUCCUCGCUGCUGCGCGUACCCUGUUGCCUAUAAGAGAGCGAUAGAUACAUACAACCCUGCAGCUGGGGUUCCCUGCACAGAGGCAACACUGCGCAGGAUACGAAGAGAGGGAGAGGGAGAGAGAGAGAGAGAAAGAGAGGGAGGGGGGAGAGACGGAGAGGGAGAUCAGACUUGCCACAUCCCUGCCAAGGGUGAGCAUUUACGCGCGAUCCAGUAGCCGGUCUCCGGCAGCCCUGCUCUGCUUUCAGGACUAAUUUUAUCAUGAAAACUUUUGAACUCUUUCUAUUCACAUAAGCUGUUUUUUUUUCUAUUUGUUGCAUGGAGAGAGAGAGAGACAGCGAAAAAAACUACUUUUAGCACCAUACACCAUCUGUGCGUCGGUGAAGUUAUUCCAUCUUCUUUUGGUGCCAAUUAUACAGCCUGCGUGUUGAAGCCUGCCCGGUCGCCACUGACCCUGUUACCCAGCUUUAAUGUCAACUCUUUGGCUCCUAAGUGGAAGGAAUUACCCCACUUUUAGUUGCCAAUCAGGAAAAGAAGAAGAGCAACACAGCAAAAUGCAGAGCUUGACUCUUUUUUAACCCAUGUGCUCUUUUCAGUGUCAGACUGCUCUUGCUCUCUCGUGAAACAGGGUCAGGACUGUGUGGAUAAAACCCUGAGGGUUUUGACAUUUUAGCCUCACUGUCUUUUUUUUGUUAUAUACUUUUGCUCCUCCUCUGGCCGCGGUGCUUUUUGGAAGGGGCCCAGAUGAUGGGGGGGCGUUGCUCAGGCAUAUGCAGAGCCCUGGCUCUCUUGGCACUCCUGUUUCCCUUGCAAGAGAGGGGCUGCUGGGGGCUGAAUCCCAGCUCUGGGGAUCUGGAAAAGUCCCCACACUCUGAUCCAGACCCCUGGGAGGCCCUGCUCAGGCACAAACGCAGCUGGGUAUGGAACCAGUUCUUUGUAUUGGAGGAGUACACAGGAAAUGAACCACUCUAUGUUGGCAAGCUACACUCAGAUGUGGACAAAGGAGAUGGCAAGGUGAAGUAUGUGUUAACUGGCGAGGGCGCCACCUCCAUCUUCACCAUUGAUGAGAACACAGGGGACAUCCACGCCACAAAGCGCCUUGAUCGGGAGGCACAGCCCUACUACACCCUCCAAGCUCAAGCUGUAGACCGAGUCACCAAUAUACCCGUAGAGCCCAGGUCUGAAUUUGUUGUCAAGGUCCAGGACAUCAACGAUAAUGAGCCAAAGUUUCUUGAUGGACCAUACUUGGCAGGGGUACCAGAGAUGUCACCCUUAGGAACCAUGGUAGUGCAAGUGGCAGCCACAGAUGCAGACGACCCAACAUAUGGGAACAGUGCCAGGGUGGUCUACAGCAUCACCCAUGGACAGCCGUACUUCUCAGUGGAGCCUAAGACAGGUGUCAUUAGAACAGCUCUGCCCAACAUGGACCGGGAGACGAGGGACCAGUAUGUGCUUGUCAUCCAGGCCAAAGACAUGGUCGGCCAGAUGGGUGGCCUCUCUGGCACUACCUCUGUCACUGUCACGCUUACCGAUGUCAACGACAACCCGCCUCGGUUCUCUCACAAGAACUAUCAGUACACGGUUCGGGAGUCGCUGCCGGUGCAAUCUGUGGUGGCCAGAUUCAAAGCGGCCGACGCUGAUAUAGGCUCCAAUGCAGAGAUGGACUACAGGAUCAUGGACGGCGACGGGCCUGGCAUGUUCAACAUAACAACAGAUGAGAAGACACAAGAUGGGGUCAUCAUCCUUCUGAAGCCUUUAGACUUUGAAACGAAGAACAGCUUCUCUCUGAGAAUCGAGGCCACAAACAGGAAUAUUGACUCCAACUUCUUGAGCUUGGGCCCAUUUAGCGACACAACAUCAGUCAAGGUGAUGGUGGAAGAUGUGAACGAGCCACCCAUCUUUUCCACACCGCUUAGCAAGAUGGUUGUUUCGGAAGACGCCAGAGUGGGAACUUCAAUUGGGAGAGUCUCUGCCCACGACCCAGACACCUCCAACAAUGCCAUCAGGUACUCCAUUGACAGAAACACAGACUUGGAACGCUUCUUUAACGUGGACGCACUCAGGGGUGUCAUCAGCACAGCCAAGCCCCUGGACCGAGAGGCCAACUUGGUCCAUAACCUCACCAUCUUUGCCAUCGAGAGCCAGGACCCAACCCAAAUUGGAAAAGGCAUCACUCUUAUCACAGUGCUGGACAUAAAUGAUAAUGCCCCAGUCUUCGCUAUAGAAUAUGAAACCCUCCUCUGUGAGAACGCCAUGCCAGGACAGGUGAUUCAGACCAUCAGUGCAGUGGAUAAGGACGAACCUCUGAGCGGUCACCGCUUUUAUUUCGCCCUGGCUGCACCUGUUGCCGGCAACCUCAACUUCACACUGCGAGAUAACAAAGACAACACAGCAUCCAUACUGACGAAGCGAGGUGGUUUCAGGAGACGGGAGCAGGCCAUGUAUCGGCUGCCGGUGUUGAUUGUGGACAGCGGUAGUCCUGCCCUCAGCAGCACAAACACACUCGCAGUUCGAGUGUGUGACUGUGACUCUGACGGCGUGGCCUUGUCUUGUGGAGCUGUGGCCUACACUGCGACUGGCCUGAGUACCGGCGCCCUCCUGGCUAUUUUAGGCUGUGUCAUCACACUUCUGGUGAUGGUUCUGCUAAUUGUGACAAUGCGUCGAAGGAGGAAGGAGCCUCUGAUUCUCGAGGAGGAGAGGGACAUCAGAGAGAACAUUGUCCGCUACGACGACGAGGGUGGAGGAGAGGAGGACACAGAGGCCUUCGACAUGGUUACUCUCCGCAACCUAAACGUCAUCAGAGAUCCCAGCGUUAGGCGAGACGUCACCCCAGAUACUCCCACCUUCUUUCAUUACCCAUCAACUACUCGCCCGUCCUAUAAAUCCCUACCAGACAACGUGGUGUUUCGAGAGUUUAUUUGGGAGCGACUUAAGGAUGCUGAUGUGGACCCGUCAGCUCCCCCGUAUGACUCUCUGCAGACAUAUGCUUUUGAAGGCAGCGGCUCUGUUGCAGAGUCACUAAGCUCUUUGGAGUCACUAAGUACAGACUCAGAUCAGAACUAUGACUAUCUCAGCAACUGGGGACCACGCUUCAAAAAGCUGGCUGACCUGUACGGCAACAGUGACGGGACCAGUGUCUUCUCAUAGCCCCUAAAUGUCUCUUUUAACAUUUCUCAGACUUAAGGAAAAAAAUAAAAUAAAAGUAAUUUAUUGUCAGAGAAAAUGGUUUUGUCUGCCUUAGUACAUCAGAGGAAAAAAAUUCAAAGACAACACAAGCGAGAUUG